CGACCGAGCAAAAAAUACACGGAAUUUCUGGGUGUCAUUGCACCUGCGCCUUGAACACUCCCAUACCAGACAGUCCGCGGAUACCAACCACCACACAACAACCCGUCACGACUAGGCCGACACCAUGGGUCGCGUGAUUCGUAACCAGAGAAAGGGUAACGGCGGUAUCUUCACCGCCAACACCCGCCUUCGCAAGGCUCCCGCCAAGUUCCGGACCCUCGACUACGCCGAGCGCCAUGGAUACAUCCGGGGUGUGAUCAAGCAGAUCGUCCACGAGCCUGGCCGUGGUGCCCCGCUGGCCAAGGUCUCCUUCCGCGACCCCUACAAGUUCAAGCAGCACACCGAGACCUUCAUUGCCAACGAGGGCAUGUACACCGGCCAGUUCAUCUACGCCGGCAAGAACGCCGCCCUGACUGUCGGCAACGUCCUUCCUCUUGGCUCAAUGCCUGAGGGUACCGUCGUCUCCAACGUCGAGGAGCGUGCUGGUGACCGCGGUGUCCUUGGCCGCACUUCCGGUAACUACAUCACUGUUGUCGGCCACAACCCCGACGAGGGCAAGACCCGCAUCAAGCUCCCCUCCGGCGCCAAGAAGGUCGUCCCCAGCAGUGCCCGCGGCAUGAUCGGCAUCGUUGCUGGCGGUGGCCGUACCGACAAGCCCCUGCUCAAGGCCUCGCGCGCCAAGCACAAGUUCGCCGUCAAGCGCAACAGCUGGCCCAAGACUCGCGGUGUUGCCAUGAACCCCGUCGAUCACCCUCACGGUGGUGUAAGUUAUGGAUCUAUCCUGGAGGACGCGCUGCAUGCAGAUGGCGAAGCUGCGGAGAAUGCACUAAAGGACGGGCUUGGCACCGAACGGAACGCUGACGCAUCUCAACUUAGGGUAACCACCAACACAUUGGUAAAGCUUCUACCAUUUCGAGAUACGCUGCUCAGGGUCAAAAGGCGGGUCUCAUCGCUGCCAGACGGACAGGUCUGCUGCGUGGUACCCAGAAGACGAAGGAGUAAAAAGUCGUUUGCCGUGGUCAUGGUUCAUCUAGGCGGGCUGGAGUUUACUUCAUUUGCACUUUGCAUUACUCAGGUACUGGUGGGUCGACACAAGAUAGACUCAAUGGGAGGUACCCGGUAUGAAUGCUUUCGUCGUCGGUUCAAGUGGCAUGAUGCAUGUUAUUUUCUUGGUGCAGUUCAGCUCAGAGCACAAGCACAAGGGCAAGUGUCUGAUUAGCUGGCCAUACCCGGAGCGUGCUGCUCGGCGCACUGGUUACAUGAGCCUACAGAUUCAGCGCCACGGCGGCGUUCUUGUUUUGCGAGGGACUGAUGCCUGGUAGAUUUCGGAACAUGAGCGUUGUGUAACCUUGUCCGCCACCCGAAGGCUUCAGCUGUGCAUGGAUGGCAUGGAAAGCAAGGGGCACACAGUACUUGUUGCCCAGAGUCCCUCUUCAUUAUCAUGCUUUGAGUGAAAUCAGAAGUUCAUUCGAGACGAAUGUGCUCUAGAUCUAGACUUGUUUGCUGUAACACGAUCC